AUGCGUGUUAUACCUGUCGUGGUUCAAGAUGAUGAAGAGCCUCUGCCGCACCAAUGCGCCAUAGUGUCCAUUCGUCCGUACUCUUUUUGGGUUAAGAAAACGAAAGAUAGCCCCGCUCUCCCGUAUAUGUUUCCCAAGUAUACCUCUCGGGAGGUUGUGGGCGAGGAAUUCGAGGCGAAAAUGCUGUCAAUGCCCACUAACCAAAGACUGUUAGUAGUGGCAACUAUGAUUGGCGCCGGCCUUCUUCCUACUGACCAACGCCAAAUGGACAUUGCCUCGGCGCUUAAGCUUUGGUUGACUGAGAUUGACGGUACCAGGGGCCCUGGUCUGACAGACCAACUAUCGCAUUUACAAGAGGCAGUGUCCAACUUUACCCCGCAGCCGCUGCUCGUGUCGGAUGAGUCGAUUUUUUCGGCCGACUUCCGCGACCUGUUCACAUGGAAUUGGCCGUGGGAUCCAAGACUGCUUAUGCACCGGGAAUUUGAACGUUCUUACCAGCUUGCUUUGGACGACAGACUUUUAAGCGAGAGAGGCGACGCCAUGCCCAAGCUGCGCCGCGGGUCGCGUCACACCGGUUGUAUUCGAUACGAGAACAACCGUCAUCGCUGGGUAGUUGACUUAUCCGUCAACGGGUGUCGAAUGCAGAAAUGUUUCCAUGAGAAUCAGUACGGCCUUGUUGGAGGUUUGCAGGAGGCACGUCGUUGGCGCUUGGACUACAUACGCAGUACUCACAACGAGUUCGACAUUGAGUCUGAGGAGCGUAUCGUCAACGAUCUAGUAGACAAAAUCAUAGCUCUGGAAGACGCGAAUCACGCGGAGCUGCUAGUUGCGUUGAGUAAGCCAAUACCAGGGUAUGAGCAUAUCUUGGAUGAGCGAAGUCUGUGCGACAUCGUGAAUGGGCGCCUGGUGGCGUUAGGUCUGCAGCUCUCUGCGGUUGAGGAAUCGUAG